AUGACAAGGAUAAGGGACUUUUUAGGGGGCCCAAGGGCUCCGGCUCGUCGGAAUCCUACGCCUCUUCCUCGACCGGAAAUAUCGGUCCGACAAGAGGAAAUGACAGACGAUACUGUUGAACAAGAAUUUCAGGAAUUCGAACAGAUCCUAAGGGUGGCACGAAGGUCCCCCAUGGUAAUAGUUAACCGAAACCAAGAUCCCGACCAAGUGGUCAGACAAAUUCGACACGAGGCAGCCGUUGGAGAGCAAAACCUAGAGGCUAUUGUCGAACGGAUCAUAGUAAAAAAUGGAAUAAGCCCAUGCUUGCAGCGGCCGACUUACUAUUCACCCUUGCCAGAUUUUGUCUUACAGACAGAACUACCUAGGGGAUGGAAAGUUCCUAAACUUACCAAGUUCGCUAGGGAUACUGAGGAGUCCAUCGUCGAACACGUGGCCAUGUAUCAGACUGAGGCUGGCGACAUAGAGAACAAUGAAGAUUUGAAGUUGAAAUACUUCCCAAGUUCUCUUACGCAAAAUGCGUUUACAUGGGACACAGUUGGAGAGAUUGUUCCAUGA